CGCGGUUGUUGGUUCUCGGCGUGCGUGGGACAUUGUGCGGCGCCUAGCUGACACUCGGAGGAUUGUUGGGUGGGGAGAAAGUUCCUCUGACUUCUUGGACCUUCUGUCAACAUGUCUGGGGAUGAAGAAAAUACGGAGCAGACGGUCGCCGAUGACUUGGUGGUGACCAAGUAUAAGAUGGCAGCCGAGAUCGCCAACCAGGCCCUGAAGAUAGUGGUUGAGACGGCCAUGUCUGGCGUUUCCGUGCUCAGCCUGUGUGAAAAAGGAGACGCCUUCAUCUUAACAGAAAGUGGAAAGAUCUUCAAGAAGGAGAAGGACAUGAAGAAAGGCAUCGCCUUCCCGACAUGCGUGUCAGUGAAUAACUGCGUGUGCCAUCACUCUCCGCUCAAGAGUGACCCCGAUGUGGCCCUUAAGGACGGGGACCUUGUCAAAGUUGAUCUUGGCGUGCACGUGGAUGGCUUCAUUGCCAACGUGGCUCACAGCUUUGUUGUCGGUGUGACCAAGGAAAAGCCCCUGACGGGUCGCAAGGCCGACGCCAUCGUGGCAGCUCACCUGUGCGCCGAGGCUGCCCUGCGGCUCGUCAAGCCGGGAAACCAGAACGCGCAAGUGACAGAAGCGUGGAACAAGAUCGCCAAGUCGUUCAAGUGCACGCCGAUCGAAGGCCUGCUGUCCCAUCAGCUGAAACAACACGUCAUCGAUGGAGACAAAACCAUCAUCCAAAACCCGACGGACCAACAAAGGAAGGACCACGAAAAGGCCGACUUUGAGGUGCAUGAAGUGUACGCGGUGGAUGUGCUCGUCAGCACAGGCGAGGGGAAGGCAAAGGACGGCGGUCUGAGGACCACCGUUUACAAACGAGACCCCAACAAAGUGUACGGAUUAAAGAUGAAGACCUCUCGGACCUUCUUCAGCGAGAUGGAGAGACGCUUUGAUAAAAUGGCUUUUACGCUGAGAGCGUUUGAGGACGAAGGCAAGGCCAGGCUGGGUGUGGUGGAGUGCGCCAAGCACGAGCUGCUGCAGCCCUUCAAUGUUCUCCAGGAGAAGGAAGGGGAGUUUGUUGCUCAAUUCAAGUUCACCGUGCUGCUCAUGGCCAACGGACCACUGCGAAUCACAAACAGCCUCUACGAACCCGAAAUGUACAAGUCGGAGAACGAGGUGGAGGACGUCGAGUUGAAGGCUUUGCUUCAAAGCUCAACCAGUCGUAAGACGCAGAAGAAAAAGAAAAAGAAGGCCACAAAGACGCUGGAGAACGCAACAGGACAGUCGACGGAAGGCGCGGAAUAAAUCUGAGCAACGUGUGACAUCGCCGAAGAACAGACGUCGUAUUCGCUUCUGUCCCCGUUGUCGGAGGCCCUUGUGGCAAGGUGGCACCUCUGGAAUCCAACACAUGUCAGUCUGGGAUGAGGCUGCUCUUAAAUUGAUAGAUUUUUAACAAACACACACACACACACACACACUGAGUAACUCUUAAUUGUCCUUGAAAGAGAAUUUGCCAUUCGGAGCAAAAUCUCACAGGAGCGUUUAACCGGUUGACUUUGAGCCUCAUCCCAUUUUGCCACAUGAAAAGAUAUCGUUGAAUAAAAUUGACUUUGAGCGACAUGUCAAGGAUGCUCAAAAUAGUGUCAUUGAGGCACGGCAAGGAAACGGAACUUGAAUUUGGGUGCUCACAAUGUUGUCAGAAUCUUAAAUCCCGAUGGCUCGAGUUACACUUAUGACACCAGCGGUCGGCGUAUUGCGCCACCGCGACUUUGUAUACACGUCAAGGUGUCAGGGAUACUUGUUGGACGAUAGCGAGCGCAAGGAGAAUCAAUUGAACCGAUUCUUCUCAACUUUGCACGUUUCAACCUGUUAGCGGUCCCGCAUUCAAAUGGUGUGCCUCCUGCAGGUCUGACAGUCUGUGUUUACAUAAGACCUCCAAUGAUGGUUGCUUUUGUAUAACCAAACCUCACUUUUAAAGGCUAUUUUUAGAAUCAUUAAAGAGACAUGCGACAUCA